AUCUCAGAGAUCUGUCUUUCUCUCGUCCGCCGUCCGUCGCUUCUCUCCGCCGUAUGUACACGGUGGCGCCGUCUUCUUUACUCGCCGGAAUUUCCUCCGUUUCCGUCUCUCUACGCGCUGUUCGUCGAUACGACCUCAGAUCCGGGUCGGGUCAACCCGUCUGUUCGGUUUAUGUGUUUCGACCCGGUUUCUUCCAAAUGGGAUCCGCUUCCUCCUCCUCCACCCUACCCGCCUCUUCACCGGAUUCUUUACCGUCAUCCGUCGUUUAUCUCAUUUAAUCUACCGAUUCAAUGCGUCUCCGCCGCCGGUAAACUCAUUCUCAUCGCCGGAAGUAACCAACAGCUCUCU